CAUCAGCAGCAACAUAAACAGCAGCAACAGCACCAACAUCAGCAGGAACAACUGCAUCAACAGCAACAACAACAGCUCAACAACAGCCGCAACAAUCAAAAACUGCAGCAACAGCAGCAACAUCAGCAGCAACAUCAGCAGCAACAAGAGCAACAACAGCGGGUGUGGCUGCGAGUGAGGAGACUGAGCGUCAAGCCCAAUAGCAACCUUCAGAGUUCCUUCGAACCCCGAAACAACAGCAGUAACAACAGCAGCAACGCAACAGCAACACCAGCAGCAAGAAAAUCAGUAACAGCAGCAACAGCAACACCAGCAGCAAGAAAAUCAGUAACAGCAGCAACAGCAGCAGCACCAGCAGCAGCAGCAACGGCAGUAACUAUAGCAGCAACAUGA